AUGGGCAUGAGGUGUGAACGAAAACAGAAUGAAUUCAACAAUGACCUUGACGGUGUCGACAUUGACUGGGAAUAUCCAGGGGCACCUGACCUCCCUGAAAACGACCCUGGCACGGAGGAAGACGGUCCCAACUAUCUUGCAUUUCUUGUCGUCCUCAAAAACCUCUUGCCAGGAAAGUCUGUUUCCAUUGCUGCGCCUGCGUCCUACUGGUACUUGAAGCACUUCCCAAUCAAGGACAUGGCUAAAGUUAUCGACUACAUUUGGGAUGCGCAUAACAGCAAUUCACAGGAGGGCUGUGAUACGGGCAAUUGUCUGCGCAGCCAGGUUAACUUGACGGAAACAAAACAAUCUUUGGCAAUGAUCACCAAGGCAGGUGUCCCCGGGGCAAAGGUCAUUGUCGGUGUGACGAGCUAUGGUCGAUCCUUCAAGAUGGCAGACCCCAAUUGCUGGGGGCCGGAUUGUCUCUACACUGGCGACCGCUUAAACUCUGACGCGAAGAAGGGAGAAUGUACUAACACGGCUGGGUAUCUUGCCGGUGCGGAAAUCGACGAAAUCAUGAAGGAUUCCUCUAGGGUUGUCAAGAGCUAUGUUGACACAACCAGCAAUAGCGAUAUUCUUAUUUAUGAUAACGAUGAGUGGGUCAGCUACAUGAGCGCCGACACGAAAAGGACGCGCACUACCCUCUACAGUGUCUGGGGUUUGGGGGGGACAUCUGACUGGGCCAGUGACCUACAAACCUAUCAUGAUGUCCCCAAGCCGGCAACGAGCUGGGCCAACUUCAUCCAGCUUGCCAAAGCAGGGGAGGACCCCAAGACAGACCAGACGCGUAACGGAAACUGGACCUCGUAUAAUUGCGCUGACGAUAAUGUGGCAAAUCUAUUUGAUUUCACACCCUCACAACGUUGGAAGAAUAUGGACACCGAUACGGCGUGGGAUGACAUUAUCCGAAUUUGGAAUGAAACCGAUCGCGAACGCAAUCUCACCUUCAUGCAAUCUGUUGAAAGUACAACCCACUUUAAGAGUCAGGCUUGUGGUGAAAUACAGUCAGGGAGCUGCAGUUCCAUUGGUUGCGAAGACGGUGCAAAUGGCAACCACUCUGGUCCCGCAGCCUUUUUGAUCUUGUACUCAAUGGCCGAAAUUCACGGGAUGUACAAGAGAUACUACGACGGCUUAUUCAACUCUCUCAGUAUUGUCGGUACGGCCCUCGAUGAUAUGGAAAACAAAUUUGCGCCUAUCCCACCAGAAGAAGACAACACCUGGCUCAAUAUCCUUAUUGACAUGAUCACGCUCGGCGCCCUUGGCACUGCCGGGCCGCUGUUCAACACAAUGUUGAAGAACCACGCUUGGUUUGCUGGCAGCGCCCUGGACAACGCAAAGGACACCACCAUGACCCUCUUAGGACAAGGUACAACUACCGCCAAAGACGUACUACCUCCGGGUGAUAAGGCCAAAUGGACGCCGGAGGGACAAGAUGAAUUUUCUGCCUAUCUGGGGCAAGUUGUGUAUGGCUGGUCCAAUAUCACAUCCCAGGCGCUUGAUGACCUCUUCAGUGGAACCAACGAGAGCAUGAACGCCCUCUGGGAACUAAUUGCCAAUAUUAAUAAGUGCGUCAUCGGCUUUGCCCUGCCCGCAUUGUGGCGCCAAGCUGGAUCUUACACUUUUAUCCUCGACUCCGGUCAGUCUUGCGACGAUAACCCGAACAUCGGCGAGUACCUUGAGGAUGAUACGAUAGACGCCACGGGUGUCUGCGUUGACAAUCGGCAAUACUACCUCGUAUAUCCGGACGGCGAUGCCACCGACUGCACUUGCAAGAUUAUCAAUGAUUCCGGCCCCUGCCAAACAGUCUGCAAAGACAACAAAUUCUCCGCGCCCAAUGGAAUCCAGUACAUUUCCGGCGAGAAUAGCUACUACGGCAUCACGGCCAACGAUCUGGUCAAGGGCUCUGUCCGCACCUGGAUUGCUAACGGGAGGGAAAACGGCGCCCGCAUAGCAGACCCAACCAACCACGGCACCAUGUCCGACCUUAUUGAUGUGGAUGUUACAACCCCCGGCUUCAUGCGGAUUCCUGUCUGCAGCCCCGCCCGCGCCUUUCAAUCCUGGGACACGGCCGACAAGAACUCGAGCCCGAACUGGCCCUGCGAUAUCCCGCCUGGUAAGGACGAGUGCGGGGACUCGACCUUUGUCGACCAGACUAGCGAUGCAUCACCAAAGGUUGAAGACUGUCGCCAGAUCAUCAAGAACAUAGAGGGUGAUGCAACCACUGCUUGGACCACCCAAGUUGUAGGCCAUAACCAGCGCGAGAUUGCCAGUCAUGCAAGCUGUCAUUUUGGCGUCGAGGCUACCAAGACCAACGGCAAUGUCAACUUCAAGGUCGGCGGGCAGGAUGUCAUUGAUAUUAUCAACGAUGCUAUCGCCAAAUUUGCUAGGGAUGGGCUGGUCGGCGCAAAGGGUAACAUGGAUUGCAACGGUAAUGUUAAGAGUGAACCGGUGCUCUGGGGGAUUUACUAG